AUGGAUCCAAAUGAACUUAAACUUCGUAAUGUUUUAAUUGAUAUUGAUCAUAAAUUAUCUGUGAAUGAUCGUCAUAUGCUCAGUUUUCUUCUUGAUGCCGAUGUACCACGACGAGAUCUUGAUGCUAUUGCUGAUAAUCAUCGAACACCAAUGAAUAUUAUAUGGGAAGCAUUAAUUAGUCGACAAAAAAUUACUCCUGAUAAUGUUGAUUAUCUUAUUGUUCGUCUUGAUGAAAUUGGACGGAAGGAUUUAGCACGUACAUUAAGAGAAUAUUCAGCAACAGCAAGAUCCAAUAAUCGAAAUGAACCACUAAACAAUGCUUCGAAUUUAUUUAAUCGUUUUAAUCCAUAA